GCCGACGUCGAGGCGUUGCCGGAGGCCAAGCCAGGCGCCAAGCAGUACGAGGUCGUGUUCCCGAUCUCCCUUCCCGACGAGGGGACGUUCGACUGGCUGGACACCUUCAUGGAGACGCACGAGAAGCACAUGGAGCUCAGCGACAGGAGGAUAGUCGAGUGGGCGUGCAAGAGCGGCAUCGGGAGGCCGCGGACGAACCAGCAAAAGAACUCGAACGACAAGCCAGACGCCCAGUUCGGCAUCUACGGCAUCGACGACAUGGCCACCCGCAAGGUUCUCCUGAACGUGGCGCCCUUGGUACCGCGCGAUUACGUCGUUAUGGAGGUGAAGUCGAAUCUGAUCAAAAGCGAGAGAAAGGAGCUUCUCGGGCGAUUCCGGAUGCCGCACUUCAAGAAGGCUCGGCCGCGUUGUUUUUUCGUGCGUUCCGAUCUUCUGGCCUGA